AUGGUAGAUACUUUUGGUCUGCAAAAUAAUGACUGGGUUAGCAUUCAAUAUGCUAGGAAGAAAAAUUGGGCUAGCUCUUACUUGAUGGAUAAAUUUUGUGUUGGGAACAAUGAAAUGGUUGCCCAAUUCAAGACUAUCUAUGGUGAAGCUGUGUUGACCACCGGUUUAACCAAUCUUGAACAUAGUGCUGCAGAAGCAUACAUGAAGGAAAUAUACGGGUUGGUUAAAAAGGAGAUUCAGGCCAUGGUUGCACUUGAGUUAAUAAAAGAUCGAAGUAUAUCCACAACAAUGAUUUAUAAGGUGUAUCAUAAUGAGAAUAGGGAUCGCUUGUACACUGUUAUGUAUGAUCGCAAUGACAAGAAUAUAGAGUGUGAAUGCAAAAGAUGGAAUAGUGAGGGAAUUCCUUGUAGACAUAUGUUUUGUGUCAUGAAACGAGAAGGCUAUAAAGAAAUUCCAGAAAAGCUCAUUUUAAAGAGAUAG